CGCAGCGCAGGGACAAGAAGCGGAGAUGGUCCGGGUCUCCUCCGGGUCUCAGUCCGCCUGAUCCGGACCUGCUGCCCCCCACAGUUGAUGGAAACAUGGCCGACGUUCCUCAGAUCGUUAAAAUCGGGAUUUCCUUUAAGAUGCUUCCCAACAACACGGCGGUGUUCUUCAAAUCUGACGGAGCUCGGUUUGGACAGACCCGAACCAUCAAGCUGCUGACUGGGUCCAAAUACAAGAUUGAGGUGGUGGUGAAACCAGGAGCCGUCCAGGCCACCUCAAUGAGUGUUGGUGGGGUGACCUUUCCUUUGGAGCAGCAGUCUAAAGACCCCCAGUCUGUGGUCUACACUGGCCAGUAUGACACUGAGGGGGUGGCACACACCAAGAGUGGAGAGAGGCAACCUGUUCAAAUCAAUAUACAGUUCACAGAGGUGGGAUCGUUUGAAACCGUGUGGCAGGUGAAGUUUUACAACUACAACAAAAGGGACCACUGCCAGUGGGGCAACAGCUUUAACAGCAUUGAGUAUGAAUGUAAACCCAAUGACACGCGCACGCUCAUGUGGAUCAACAAAGAGAUGUUUGUCUGACAGCCAGAGACAGAUGGGACCAAGAGAUCUGGUGUGUACAUAACAGUGGUCACCACACCAAGCAACUUGACAUGAUUUGACAAUUUUUGCACCAGAUGCCCUUCUUAAUGCAAGCUGGGUUCAAACCUGCAACCUCAGGAUUACAAGACCAUCAACUCGACAGUCGCACUGCCACAGUCCCCCCCCCCCCCCCCCCAAAAAAA